AUGGUUCUUGCAGCCGUGGGACAACUUUGCUCGACAGCGAACAUAACUUCCAAUCUAGCCCAAUGUCAGACAUUGAUCCGGAAAGCCGCAGCGGCAGGUGCUAAGGUCCUAUUCUUGCCCGAGGCCUCGGACUAUAUUGCUUCCUCGGCAGAAGAGUCAUUUUCUCUAGCCAAAUCAGGGGAAUGUGGUGACUUUAUUCUAGCCCUGCAGCAACAAGCCAAGCUUGAAAAAAUUCACAUAAAUGUCGGCAUACACGAAAUUGCUUCUGAAUAUCGACUCAAGAAUUCAUUGGUCUGGAUUGACGACAAGGGAAUCAUUACCCAGAAUUAUCAGAAGGUCCACCUCUUCGAUGUCGAUAUACAGGGAGGCCCUAUGCUAAAAGAGAGCGCCAACGUUGAACCUGGACCACGCAUUCUGCCGCCCUUUGAGACGCCUGUGGGACGUGUUGGUUUAGCCAUCUGCUUUGAUCUGCGUUUCCCGGAGAUUAGCUUGGCCUUGAGGCGUCAGAAUGCCGAGGUCAUAACUUAUCCAUCGGCAUUUACUGUACCGACUGGUAAAGCUCAUUGGGAAUCUUUACUUCGAGCAAGGGCUAUUGAGACACAGUCAUAUGUUAUAGCAGCUGCUCAGGCAGGUCCCCAUAAUGAGAAGAGGCGGAGUUAUGGGCAUUCUAUGAUUAUCAACCCGUGGGGCGAAGUGGUUGCGAAAUUAGGUGACGAAUAUCAGGAACCCGAGAUUGCAACUGCAGACAUCGAUCUCGAUCUCGUUUCGAAGAUCCGGAGAGAGAUGCCCCUGCUCAGGCGAACUGAUAUCUACCUAGAAGUUUAG